AACAGAUAUCAAUUUGCGACUAAAGCCACAGAUCCAUUUAUCCUGAGCAUCGCGUAAAUUACAUAUGACUAUCCUAUUUUGGUGUGAAAAUGCACGCAUCCCCAUGCAUCGCAGGGGUUAAUUACGGCCUUCUUGCGUCUGUUAUUUCUUCCAAUAUGCGUUUUCGAACAUCAGGGACAUGAACGACCAAGGGGAAGAACUACAAGAUCAAGGACAACAACUUCCCUGUUUCUCUAUUCGCGAAACGGGAAAUCUUAUCCGUAUAAGGUAAGGUGGCUGAUCUCUAUGAUGAGAGCUUUGUCCAAGACGUUUCGUUCUGUUAAAUGUUCAAUCGCUAAUCCUAAUUCACCUAAACUCUCUUCCCCAUCAUCGCCGUCUCUUGUUUCAAAUUCAAAUCCCAAAUUGAGGCCCAAUUCCAAAUCAGCCUCCUGGUGUGUUUAUCUCAUCAUUGCUACUAACCACCCUAUCAAAACCUAUGUUGGCGUCGCAACCAAUUUCACUCGCCUUCUGAAGCAACAUAAUGGUGAAAUCAAAGGUGGUGCAAAAGCAUCCCGUGCCGGAAGGCCAUGGAUCUGUGCAUGUGUCAUUUGUGGUUUUACAGACAGAAGUGAAGCUUGUGUGUUUGAAUCAAAAUGGAAAGCCUUCUCAAGAAGAGUUCCCCAGAAAAAGCAGAAUAAGCAGAUUGAGGAUGCAUCACUUGCAUUGCUGCAACGCAGACAAGAAGCUCUAAACAGAGUGAAACGUUCACUUGACUGCAAUCACUUAGAGAUCAACUGGCAUUUGAAUCUAUUUUGAUUCAACGUCAAAGAUUUUGUGAUAUAGCUAAAUAAUUCUGUAAUUAUAAUCCGUCCAAAUGCCAAGACAUGACCCAAAUAUUUAAGAACUGUACCAAAGAAAUUAAAGGGUUCUCGUAAACUAAUAAAAUACGUUUACAUUGUUUGUCA